AUGGAGACCGGCGGAAGGAAGGAGGAGGAGGUGCCGGCGGCGGCCAAGGCGCAAAGGGGUGCCGCGUCUUUCGGCGUGUCCGUGCAGGAGUGGUUUCAGCACGUGAAGGCUAGCGUGGUGGGCAUGGUGCGGAAGGCGACGGCGAAGAGCGAGCAGGAGGCAGCGGAGGCGGACAUGCGGGUGGCCAAGGAGCAGGUGGAGGCCACCGACGAGGCCGAGGCCAAGAAGAAACAGCUCGUCGCCUGA